AAUCUCCGAGUGCGCGCCCGCCAGUGGUGACUGGAUGACGCCUGCGUCUCCGCCGGCUGGACCCGAUUCUUCAUCUAGUCCGAGCCGGCAUGCGCUUCCAGAGUCAAAUCAGUGAUCGAAACAAGGAUUACAUCGCAUUCGACGAGCAGAGAGUAUGCUUCAGUCUGUGCUGAUUUUCCCGGUCAUCGUGGGUCUGUUGAUCGGGAGAAUUUUAGGCACGGAAAACAAAAAAGGCGAGGAAGAUUUCGUUGAGAAACAAUAUGGGGUCAGAUAUGCAGACACAUGUGAAGUAUGCAAGUAUCUCGUCACGGAACUCGAUGCUGAACUCCAGCUGACUGGUAAAUCCCACGAUGUCAUCGAAACCGGAUACCAUAUCGACACGCCGUCGGAAAAACGAAAGAAGAAAAAGUAUGCCCGGUCGGAACUACGCCUCAUAGAAACUCUGGAGAGUGUUUGCAAACGCCUUCUCGAGUAUCGAAUUCACAAGGAACGCACCGAUUCGACGAGAUUCGCGAGAGGAACGAGUCAAACUUUCCAAGUCCUCAACAACUUGGUCGCGAAAGGAGUCAAGGUGGAUUUAGGGAUCCCGAAGGAUCUCUGGGACGAGGCCCCGGCCGAGGUCACUAAUUUGAAGACUCAAUGCGAAAACAUGUUGGAGUCCCAUGAGAGCGACAUCGAGGAAUGGUACUUCGACGAGAGCGAGAACAAAGCAUCGUUGAUGCAAUACUUAUGCCAAGAACGUGUUCUUAAGAAUGACUCGACGGAGACAAAGUGUCUGAGCGAGAAACUCCCCGUCGAGGACAAGAGCAAAUCGAAGGAGGAACUAUAAAAUCAUCGUAAAGCUGCCAUCUGUACAUAGCUUGGGAAGGAAUAAAAGGAGAAAAUGAAAU